CAUUUUCCUUCUUGUUGUUGUGAUCUGACAGUUCUUAAAAAUGCCUGUUUCAAUGCAGCCUCGUCGCAGCACGCGGGGCUCCUCGCCCGCGCCGCCGAGCCCCGCGGAUGGCUCUCCAAGUCUGUCGUCGGCCAGUAGUGGUCGCUCGCGCGCCGCCCCGGUUGCUGCUGCGGCCUCUGGCACGCCGCGAGCGAGCCCGCGAAGCCGACGAGCAGAGCACAGCGACAGCGAGUCAGACGACAGUCCGCCGACAGCCACCUCCGCCAGCAAGCAUCGCGGCGCCCAACAGACAGCUACCAGCGCUAAGAAGACGACAACAACGCCUGUGGUGGCAGCGUCCAAGCGUGGCGGGGCUCGCGGUGCAGAACAACCGGACGAGCAAACGCCGUCGUUCGCCGGUGCAGCGAUCGAGUCUCCUGCUCGCUCCAGUGGCCGCCGGUCUGUCACUCCAACAAGUGCGCUCGCAAGAUCUGCGCCAAAACGUGGCGGUGGCAGCGAUAGUAGCCCUGCAUCCUCGCCCGCCACUCGGACGUCUUCUCGUGGUCGCUCUGUCAAACCAACAACAUCGAUUGCUGCCGACUCGGAUGGCGAUGAUGACAACGACAACGGCAACAGCGAUGACUCAGAGGCCGAGGCCUCAGAAAGCAGUGAUGACAUGGAUGAUUCCGACGACGACGCCUUUGCCUCCACAGCAGUCAAAAAGUCUCCGCGCAGUGCUCCCCGAAGCAGCCAGAAACCAUCCUCCACCCCUGCAUCCGCCGCCGCAACACCGUCUGGUCUACGCAAGAGUGGUUCUACGCGGCACGGUCGAGCUGGUAAAGCGUCCACCGCUCCGGCAGAUGAAGCCGACGACGGCUCGUUGUACUUUAUCGUCAAGGCGGGCGCCAGUGCGCUUCAAGCCGUCGCAGAUGAGUGGAUUGAGCGAUAUCGCCAAGACGCCCAUGCUGCGCUGCUAGAGCUGGUGAACUUUGUGAUCCGCUCAUCAGGCUGUGUUCAUCAGCUGUCUGCUCUUCAAGGCGCCGGCGGAGAGGACGAUUUUGUCGUUUCGUCUCUUCAAGAACUUGCGGAACGAUUCGAUAGCAAUACCGGAGAGUACCCGCUGGCUGCCAGUGGCACAGAGUUUCGCCGCUUCAAGUCGGGCUUCCCGGACUUUCUUCAUCGCAUCUUCUCGCGAUGCACAGGAGAUUUGCUGCACGAUCAAGCUCUGAUUGACGUGGCCAUCACAUGGCUCAGUGCCUUGUCCACUGCGCACAUUCGCGCCUUCCGUCACACGGCCACCGCGGCCUGCUUGGAGAUUUGCUCGGCGCUGGUGACUGCGGUCAAGACAGUCCAUGCCGCACUCGACAACAGCCAGCGCCAGCUCGAAACAGAGCGCUCCAAGCGCGGCGCGAACAGCUCGUCUGCCGCUCAGCUUGAGCGGCGGAUUGAAAACUUUAACGCCGACAUUGAGAAGCUCGAAGAAUACAUUAGCCAGCUGCUCCAGGGUGUCUUUGUGUUGCGUUACCGCGAUACUUGCGCCGAUAUUCGUGCGCUCUGCGUGACGCAGCUGGGAGUGUGGAUUAUGGGCUACCCGUCCUACUUUUUGCGCGAUACGCACACCAAGUAUCUUGGCUGGACCUUGAAUGAUCAGGUUGCGGCUCCCCGCUUGGCAACACUCAAUGUGAUUCACAAGCUGUACGAGAACAAGGACUUUGUUCCGCAGCUCGACAACUUUAUCGAACGCUUCCGUGCACGCAUUGUGGACAUGUGCCAGGAUGUUGAUGAGCACGUUGCUGCCGCAGCCAUCGAAGUCGCGCUGCUUUUGCUGCAAACCGGGGCGAUUGGCAGCGAGGUGGAGCUGGUUGCCCGUCAAGUUCUCGCCGAAACAAAGUCAAACGGUCGCGCAGCGGGCAAGUUUGUCGAGCACCUGGUCUUCCACGUUCAGCUCCAGGCCGAGAUGCAGCGAUUGAGCGCGCACCCGUCCGAUCCUCGUGCGUCGCUCCGACCCGCGAGCCUCAACCUGCUGCUUUUGAUUGAGUUUGUGAAGUCCCUGUACGCAUCGGUCGGGGAAACGGCUCGUGCAGGCUCCCCGUUCGCCCGUGACCAGGCUCUGGACACGACCUUCCUUGUCGAGCACCUGUUUGGCCCCGCUCAGGGCUUGCUCACCGACUGGGCUGCCAUGACUGAGCUUCUGCUUGACGAUGAAGACUCGAGUGAAACAGACGCAGCCGUGUCUGCAGCAUCCCAACGACGUGCCGGUAAACGUCGAGGCAAAUCCGCGACAGCGCCAGCCGGUGCUGCUGCUGGCGCUCGAAGCGAGAACAGUCUCCUCUCUGGAGACGACGAGGCGAUCUUGGUGAGCCUGAUGGUCAGCGCUGCUCGGCGGGCUGUCCACCAGUCCUCCGAGGGCGCGGCCCUCAAGACUGGUAAAAAGAUGUCUGCCAAGGAGAAGGACUCGGUUACUCAGAGUGUUCAGCAAGUCACUACGCACUUUGCCAAAGUCCUCCCUCGACUUCUCGCGCGGUUUGGCUCCCAGCCGGCGGUGGUGGCCGACUUGCUCAGCAUCGUCAAGUUGUUUGAUCUCGAGCUCUAUGGCGCGCAGCGCAUGUCCUCGGCCAUCGAGACACUGUCCAGACAAAUCAGCGCGCUCGUGCUGCGCCUUGCGGAUGAAAGCGCGAUUGACGCCAGUGUGGAGGCGUUGGCAUACUUGUCGUCGGACAAGCUCACAUUCCGCUCUGUGAUUGACAACGCCACCAAGGAAAUUGGCGAGACCAUUGUGGCCGCGCUCUUGGCAACCGACCCAUCCACGGACUCUGGUGCCCUGCGCAACCACGUCCUUCGCGUCCGGAGCUUUUUCCAGCACUUUUCGACUCUGCCUCACGAGGGACUUUAUGAGCAUCUCGACGCGAUUGCUGCCGCGUGUCGCAGCCGCUCUGAUCCCUUGCCUGAUGACGAGGUCAUUUUGUGUCAGGCAUCGCGCGCGCUCUGCGUCACACUAGCGUGGCGAGCGCGUGCCAUUUUCGAUGGGCAGACUUCGCGCGCUGAUCUCGGCCAGUUUGCGAUGGACCGCGACGCGCUUUGGAAGGCUCUUUUGGAGAUGGCUUGCGACAGCAUUCCUAUUGUGGCUUUGACGGGAAUUUUGCAAGCUUGCUGGCUGAUUCAGCUCUCCGCCAUUCCUCUCGAGGGCAACCUGUCCCUUGCAUUGGAGUUAUCCCACGAUGAUCUGAAGCUCCUUGCGGACACCAUCGAGUUGAAUGUGCUGAAGAGUGCCACAGUCAGUGCUCUUGACGAUGCGUCCGACAACGAAAAGGAACUUGCCCUCCUGCGUCGUCAAGUCCUCGGUGUAUUUGGGAAUCUGAUCAAGUCGCAGUGCAUCGACAUCAAAUGGCUGCAUCGCGUGCUGCCCUACUACCUCUCGAGCGCUCCCGCCAUUGCUGAAGUGAUCAAGAUGAUGCUUUCGCGCGUCAAAGACAUGGCAGUGCACGAGCCUGUCCUUCAAACCAUCACUGUGGAAUUUGGCAACAUUUUGCAAAACUCGGCCUCAGAGAUUACACCAGAAAUGCUCGCGCCCUUGCGCGAUCUCGCCCACCGACUCUCGUUGACAUUUGGUGUCGACUCGAACCAGACAAAGACGCGCAAGGCUAUUCUCAACAUUCACGAGGCAGGCAUUGGCUUUGUCCAGCGCUCUUGCUUUGACAGCGACCGGUCGCUCGCAGAGCCCCAGGCCUUGUUGUUUUUCACGGUUUUGCGCGAGUUUUCGUCUCGUCUCACUGCGCAAGAUGCUGCGACCACGCUCGGGCAUCUUGACGACAUUUUUGGAGAGGCCGUCAACCAGUCCGAGGACGACGAGGCGUGGAUUCCUUACUUGGAGUUCCGACACAACCUGCAGCUCAAGUCUGGACCCGCAGGAGCGAGCCUCGACAUCUCGCAGUCCACUUCCACGCCCCGCGGUCGCUCGCAGCCAUCCUUGUCGAAUACCCCAACGCCGCGCAGCAGUCGUGGUGUGAAACGCCGUGGGGACGCUCUCGGUGCCGACGCCGCAAGCGACGAAGAAGAUGAGGAGGACGACCGCGCAACCCCAACCCCAUCGCGCUCGCGCGGUGCUGCAAAGGGGACGAAACACGGCGGAUCUGCCAGCAAGGCACGUCGUCAGCAGCGUGCCCGUGACGAUUACUCGGAUGACGACUCGGAUCAAGACGCCGAACCAAUGAGCGAGCAAGACUCACAGGAGGUUUUGGACGCACCCGCGCCUCGCAGUGCGCAGAAGCGAGGUGCUUCGGCCUCCGCUCGCAAGAAGCUUCGUCUUGAAGACGAGGAUGACUUGGAAGAGUUUGACGACUAGGUGCUGUUUGUCUGAGGAUUUUUGUACUGUAUUAGUUGUUGUUCUGAUGCCUUGAAGUUAAAAAAAUGUCAACGU